AACUGAACUCUACCCACUGAGCCUUGGCAACAGUGUAGGAAGCACAGUGAUUGGAGGAUGGCUUUAGGGACGUGUUGAGAACGCCAGACUAGUCCAGGGAAGAGACACCUCAGCAUGGGGCUCACUGUGCUUUGAGGUGGCUGGGAAUCCCACAGGAGGUGGCAACAUGAUGACAAACCAUGAAGAUGAAAUUAGACAGCUUAGACAUCUAGAAACCACUAACACGGAAGAAGAACACAAUGUGGAGAGUGGCGCACAGUCACAAAGCUCCAGAGGGCAAGCAGUUACUCCUAGGUGUCCGCAGAGCAGAGGACACAGACGUGGCAGUAGGGGAAGAAAUGGUAAUUUUUUCAGACAAAGAUAUCCAGCAAAUCAUCCUCUAAUUCAUCUGUUAAGACAAGUCAGCAGAGACCAUCGAACAAGAAGGAAUGGAAACCAAUCAGAAGAGAGACAGUUACAACUACAAAGAAACCAAUUUUUCUUCAGGAGACUUCAUGGCCUCUCCCAAUCUAAUGACCACCAUGUUAGCAGAUCUCAUGACCACUACUCCAGAAGGUCACAUAGCCGAUUCAGGAGACCUCCUGUUCGCUCAGAUAGAUCUCAUGUCUACUCAGGUAGAACUGAUAACCAUACAGAUAGACCACAUCAUAACCUCUCAGUUGGACCACAACAUGACCACUCAGUUAGACCACACCAUGACCUCUCAGUUGGACCACAACAUGACCACUCAGUUAGACCACACCAUGACCUCUCAGUUAGACCACAACAUGACCUCUCAGUUAGACCACAACAUGACCACUCAGAUGGAUCUCACCAUGACCUGAAUUCAGUUAGACCACAACAUGACCACUCAGUUAGACCACAACAUGACAAUUCAAAUGGAGUACACCAUGACCACUCAGUUAGACUACAACACGACAAUUCAAAUGGACCACACCAUGACCACUCAGUUAGACCACAACAUGACAAUUCAAAUGGACUACACCAUGACCUCUCAGUUAGACCACAUCAUGACUUCUCGGAUAGACUGCAUCAUGACCUCUCAGUUAGAUCACAUCAUGACCUCUCAGUUAGACCACAUCAUGACCUCUCAGUUAGACCACAUCAUGACCUCUCAGGUAGACCACAUCAUGACUUCUCAAGUAGACAACCUCAUGACCUCUCAGGUAGACCACUUCAUGACUACUUAGGUAGACCACCUCAUGACCACUCAGGUAGGCCACUUAAUGAAGGUAGACCACCUCAUGACAACUCAGGUAGACCACCUCAUGACCACUCAGGUAGACCACCUCAUGACCACUCAGGUAGACCACCUCAUAACUACUUAGGUAGACCACCUCAUGACAACUCAGGUAGACCACAUCAUGACAACUCAGGUAGACUACCUCAUGACCACUCAGGUAGAUCACCUCAUGACCACUCAGAUAGACCACAUCAUGACCACUCAGGUAGACUACCUCAUGACAACUCAGGUAUACCACAUCAUGACAACUCAGGUAGACCACAUCAUGACAACUCAGGUAGACCACCUCAUGACCACUCAGGUAGAUCACCUCAUGACCACUCAGGUAGACUACCUCAUGACAACUCAGGUAGAGCACACCAUGACCACUCAGAUAGACCACAUCAUGACCUCUCAGUUAGAGUACAUCAUAACCACUCAGAUAGACCACAUCAUGACUACUUAGGUAGACCACCUAAUGACCACUCAGCUAGACCACCUCAUGAUCACCCAGGAGGAUCACACCCUGAGCACUCAGGUAGACCAAAUCAUGACCUCUCAGUAAGACCAUAUCAUGACCACUCAAAUAGACCAAAUCAUGACCACUCAGAUAGACCACACCGUAACCUCUCAGUUAGACCACUUCAUAACCACUCAGGUAGACCAAAUUAUGACCAUGCAGGUAGGUUUCACCAUGGCCACUCAAAUAGGUUUCAUCUUAGCCAUACAGAGAGAGCUUUUCCUAGACACUCAGGGACAGCUCAUCAUGACCACACAGAGAGAGAUAAUCGAGCCCACAGAGGGAGAGCUCAUGAUAACCACACAGUGCUAGCUCAUCACAACCAUGAUAACAGAUCUCAUCAUGACCACUCAGGGAGAGCUUAUCAUGGCCAUGCUCAAAACUACCAGUCAUGGAGAGCUCGUAACAACCAAACACUGAGAGAUCGUAACACCCAAUCAUGGAGAGCUCAUAACAACCAGUCACAGAGAGAUCGAAACAACCAGUCACAGAGAGCUCAUAGUAACCAGUCAUGGAGAGCUCAUAACAACCUGUCACUGAGAGAUCGGAACAACCUGUCACUGAGAGAUCGGAACAACCAGUCACUGAGAGAUCGAAACAACCCGUCACUGAGAGAUCAGAACAACCCGUCACUGAGAGAUCGGAACAACCCAUCACUGAGAGAUCGGAACAACCCAUCACGGAGAGCUCGGAACAGCCAGUCACGGAGAGCUCGGAACAACCAGUCACGGAGAGCUCAGAACAACCAGUCACGGAGAGCUCAGAACAACCAGUCACGGAGAGAUCGUUAUGACCGCUCAUGGAGAGCUGGUAGCAACCUGUCAUGGGUGGUUCAUAAUCAAGAAGAAAGAUACCAUGGUCGAAGAGGAAGAAUUGGAGCAUGGGAUGCAUCACCACCAGAAUCUGAGUCUGAAACUGACAGACUUUCUACAAUAAGAGAAAGAACUGAAUACUUAUGGGCUCAGGAACGGCGAAGAAAUGAGAUACUUAAUCUGAACGCAGGGAUAGAAGACGGCUACAGCAGCGCUGAAGAGAGUGAUGAAAGUUUUGACAGUUGCUGGAGACCUGAAGUUGAUGCUGAAUUUGUUGAUGGUACAUACACUGCCAUUAAGACUCUGACACGCCAUCCAAAAGGAGUGAGACUGAACUUCGAUGUUGGAGCACAGAGUAAUCGGACUGAUCUGUCGCUCCAUGCUAGAUUCACCAUACUAAGGAAUCUGAGAGAAGCCAGAAUGAACAAUAGGAUAUGAAGACCUGGAGAGUAAACUGCCUUUUCCUGUCAGGCAUUGGCUGCUAGCUAAUUGCAUGGAACCACAGUUGAGAACAUACAUACAGUCAUAUAAUGUUAGACUUCUGACUGUUCUUGUUAAUGUUCUUUCUUAGAUAGAUUUAGAUGUCAGGAUUCUGUUCAUAUUAAGCAAUUUGAAUAAUAAGUGCUUAGCACUGUUUGCAUAAAUGAACAAGGAGAUGAGCAAGAAGAAAGCUGGUUUCCAUGGGGUUAUUUUAAGAAAUCAGCUAUCAGAAAUACAUGGAUUUUUUUCAAUGUUAGAGAACCUGUGUGUAAUUUACUGUAAUCCUUAAGCUCGGAACCCAUACAAGCAAUAAGAAGGUUUUAUGCACAAACCAGUCCAUGUGAGUGACUUUAACUGUGUGAGGAUUGCAAUAGGAAGCAUUUAUACUUUUACAUUUUAUAGACAUGUACACUGUAACAUGAAAAGCAGCUUAAUUUUUUUACUUUUGUCAUAAUUCUAAAUGUAACUUCUUUUAUUGUUGGUUUUACAAACACAUGAAAGAUAAUAAAGUACUGAGCAUUGUUA